CUCAGAAAAGUCAGCAUUUUUCUUGUUUUUUCGGAAGAAAAUCGGUGUGCUCUCAUUUCGCAAGUCGGUCUCCGCGGAACGUGGCAGAAUAAGGAAGAAUAUUUUUUUUCGAGCUCAAAGUGUUAAUUGAUUUCAAUUCCAUCCAAUUGCCGCGAUGGUUCUGGACACGAGUGCGCAGACGGCCGUGUCGAAGGACAGCCAGAACGCGCUGAGUUCCGCCUCGUCGGACAGCGAUUCGGCCGAGCAGAAGGAGGAAGUGAUCGAGGGACCGGAACUGGACCGGAUCGAGUGCUGUCCGGCGUCGCCGACGACGGUGCCGAACCAGCGCACCUGCCAGCGGUCGAACUCUUCCGGGUCGCAGGUCCGUUCGCCGAAGCCGCGCCGCCAGCGGACCACUUCCGUGAACCAGAACACGACGAACUGCACGAACGAAGCGAUCAUCCGGGCGAAUCACCGGACGAUCUAUACGGCGGGGCGGCCGCCGUGGUAUAAUUGCGCGGGGCAGCAGGUGGAACCGUUUGUUAUAGGUAUUUGCGGUGGCAGCGCUUCGGGGAAGACGACGGUCGCGCAGAAGAUCAUCGAGAGUCUGGACGUUCCGUGGGUGACGCUGCUGUCGAUGGACUGUUUUUACAAGAUUUUAAACGAGAAGCAGCACCACCAGGCCCUGAGGAACGAGUACAACUUUGACCAUCCGGACGCGUUCGACAUUGAGCUGAUGAAGGACGUGCUGCAGCGGCUGAAGGAGGGCCGGAAGGUUGAGGUUCCGGUGUACAAUUUUGUGACGCACUCGCGCGAGCAGCACACCAAGACGAUGUACGGGGCGAAUGUAAUUAUAUUUGAGGGGAUUUUGACGUUUCACAACCCGGAGAUUGUGAAAAUGCUGGACAUGAAGAUCUUUGUGGACACGGAUUCGGACAUCCGUUUGGCGCGGCGUUUGAAGAGGGACAUUCAACAGCGUGGCCGGGAUUUGGAGGGUGUGCUGAAACAGUACUCGACGAUGGUGAAGCCGGCGUACAGCAAUUACAUUGCGCCGACGAUGGCACACGCGGAUAUUAUCGUUCCUCGCGGAUCCAGCAAUAUGGUCGCGAUCCAGCUGAUUGUCCAACAUGUCCACACGCAGCUGCAGCUGAGAGGCUUCAAGCUGCGGGAAGCUCUUGCCCAUUCUUACAUUGGCCAGCCGAUGCCGGACUCGCUCAAGUUGCUGCCAACGACGCCCCAGAUCAAGGGCCUGCACACGUUCAUCCGGAACGCCAGCACGCCGCGGGACGAGUUUAUCUUCUACUCGAAACGGCUCAUCCGGCUGGUCCUGGAGUACGCCCUGUCGCUGCUUCCGUUCAAGAACGUCGAGGUGGAAACGCCCCAGAACGUUCCGUACAAGGGUAAACGGUUGGCCUGCCAGAAGAUUUGCGGCGUGUCGAUUCUGCGCGCCGGCGAGACCAUGGAGCAGGCCGUCAGCGACGUUUGCAAGCACAUCCGGAUCGGCAAGAUCCUCAUCCAGACGAACCAGCUGACCGGCGAACCGGAACUGUAUUAUCUGCGUCUUGCCAAGGACAUCAAGGACUAUCGCGUGAUUCUGAUGGACGCGACCGUGGCGACGGGAGCGGCGGCCAUUAUGGCGAUCCGCGUCCUGCUCGAUCACGACGUCCCCGAGGAGAACAUUAUGCUGGCGUCGCUGCUGAUGGCCGAAAUUGGCGUCCACUCGAUUGCGUACGCGUUCCCGAAGGUGCAAAUCGUCACGUCCGCGCUCGAUCCGGAAAUUAACGAAAAGUUUUACGUGAUUCCUGGAAUUGGCAACUUUGGCGACCGCUACUUCGGCACGGAACCGACCGACGGAGACGUUCUGUACGAGUAGUAAGUGCUUGUGGAUGUCUCCCCCUUUUAAAGUGUGUGCGUUUUGCCAUAUGUUACUCUCAAAAAACACAAAAAUAUAUACACAAAAUAAAAUGUAAUCUUAAAUGGAAAUAAAGGAACAAAUGUUUAAAAAUC